AUGUUACACACAAUUGGGCUCGAAUACCUUCCAGUUUCUACUUAUUCUCUCAUUUGUGCAAGUCAAUUGGGCUUCAAUGCUCUUUUUUCCUACUUCCUUAAUGCCCAAAAAUUCACUCCUUUUAUAGUGAACUCUUUAUUCCUCCUCACCAUUUCCUCCGCACUCCUUGUUUUCUCAAAUGAUGACUCUGGAAACUCCAAUAAAACAUCACAAGGGAAGUACGUGAUCGGGUUUAUGUGCACUGUUGCUGCAUCUGCUGGUUAUGCAUUGAACCUCUCUAUAACCCAACUUGCAUUUCGAAAAAUCCUUAAGAGGGAAACUUUUAGAGUGGUCAUGAAUGUAAUAAUCUACCAAUCUCUCGUAGCGACGUGCGUGAUCCUAGUUGGGCUUUUCACUAAUGGGGAAUGGAGGAAUUUGAGAAGAGAGAUGAAGGAAUAUGAACUUGGUAACAUAUCGUACGUAAUGAAGUUGUGUCAUAAGUACCUUAGGUUUGCCCAUUGUUCCGGUUCUUGCCGUGUUCAUUUUCCAAGAAAAGAUGACUGGAGUGAGGUGGUUGCAAUGUUGUUGGCCAAUUGGGGUUUUGCAUCUUAUAUUUAUCAGCAUUAUCUCGAUGAUUUGGAAUCGAAACCUGAAAGCAAAAUUGUUAAUGAAGUUUCUCUUGUUGAAAGAGCUUAG